UGCUUGAUGCGUCGUCUCGUCGUCGUGUCUUGUUUUUUUUCUCCGCUGGGGGAACUGCUUCACAUCCAAUCCAAUCAUCAAUCAGACAGACAGAGCACAAAAAGGAGUGGAGCUUGUUGGGAGUUUCGUCGUCUCGCGGAGUGAAAAUUUUCAACAUUUUGUAAUUUCGCUUGUUCUGGUGCGACUUUGCGGUCGUUCGUGGUGGACCAGUUUCGAUCAAAGUGCAUUGUUAAAACAUCCUGUGGAAAAUCAGCAAGUCCGAUUUUUGGCUGGAACGUAUCGAAAGAAGUCGUCUGCGAAGGAAAAGUGCAGCGGCCCCAAAAGUGGGAGGAUUGCGUGUCAAGCAAGGAAAGUUUCGCCAGGCCUGCCUUGUCGAGGGGUAGCCAAGUGGUGCUGUGAGUGGAAGAGAAGAAAAAAGUGCAUAAUAGAAAAGGCUGUAAGUAAAGUGCAUCCAUCAUCGCCGUCUCUGCGCUGCUGGUUGGCCAGCUUCAGCAAUUUGCUGGGGCACUGGAAAAGGGGGAAAACAAAAAUUGGUUCCAGUGAUAAGGAAAAGUGCGCCGUGUGGGAUUAUUGCUGUGAGAUAAAUGAAUCGAGUGCCCCUCAGAAGUAAAGAGUAGAUUCUAUGGAAUAAUAAUUCAAUACAAGAGUUUCUGGAUAAGGUGUUGGAAAUAGAUAAUAUUCGCCCACAAGGUAGAAGUGGGAGUGCUUUGCUUUACGUUUGUUCAUUCUGUCACAAUUAUUCAUCAUUCUGCUGAGCUGUCUGUCCGGGUUUCUGUGUGUCGUAAAGAGUGUGUUGCAGUGUUGGCUCAUUUUUCGCCAUCGAAAUAUUGUGCUUUCUGUCGAUUCGAUAGCCACCUAACCACCACCCUCCACCACACAUCAGCUGGCGCAGUUUGGCAGAAAAACGCAAGAAAGAAGAAAAAAAUUGUGUGUAAUCGAAAAACAACAAACGCAAUCGAAUUCAUCAGAGUUGUUAGCAGCAGCAGCAGCAGCAGCAGCAAUAAUUUGAAGAAAAACGGCAACCCGUGCAGUAGCAGCUUGAUCGGCCAGUGGAUGGCAUUGCUCUUGCGUUGCGGUAGCGGCUGCUGAGCUGAGUUGAGCUGAUGUGUGCUCAGUUCAUCAUCGUUCAGAAAUAUGACGUACGCAGUGACAGCACUUUGAUUCAGCAAAAAAACAAACAUCACACUGAAUGGAUUGCACAAGUGGGUAACCACAUCUGAAGCAUCAACGGCAACUGCAACAAACUCCUGCAGCAGUAUAUCGUAAAAGGAUUAACGCGUGCUCUCUUCGCCACACCUCGCAGCAAAACGAAAUGAACUCAGUGCAUCACCUACUUUGGCCAUCAUAAUUCUAAGCCCUUCGACUGACAAGGCACACAAAAUCUCGAUUAAAGCAUAGAACACACCACGAAUCCACUCACCCUCACGCAUGGAACAAUAGCUGAAAAUAGAAACAAAUCUCCUGAAUCUCUGCUAGAAACCUAAAAGUAUUCGCGAAUCACUUAAAUCCUCCACUCUUACCGGCCAAACAACAUCAGCGGCAUUGUUUAGGAGCACAAACAUUCGUACUUGUCCCGCCCAUUUAUGUGCAAUGCAUGGUUAGAGAAGGCUUGCACAAAUUGAAGCAAAAAGUGCAUAAAAAGCGGCGGAAAAGGGCCUACCAGCUGCAUACUUACACAACAAUUGUGCUCAGUUCGCGUUUACCAUUCACACUAUCCGCUGCUACUACUCGCGUGCAUCUCUCAUUCCGCGCCCACGCACUCCCAUAACUCUCAAGUGGGUGGUGUCUCUGUUGUUGCUUUCGUAUUAUCAACCGGUAUUAUUUAUUUCGUACUUUCCUUCCACGUGCAUCUUGUACUGCUUAUUAGUUAUUUAGUUACUGCCUCUUAGGUGCUUUGCUACGUAUUUUAGGCUCAAGCCAAAAGUAUUAUUUUGUUUUUCAUAUACAUUCUAUUUUUAAGUCAGAUAUUUAAAGAUGUUCUAUUUAUUAUUUAUGUAACUGUUAUCGAAGUCUUUCAUGUUGGUAUCAUUUAUGGGUGAUACUGCUGGCUACUGCUGUAGCAGUUUACCAGAUGCGAUAAUUAUUUAUAGGUUUUUAAGUUCAUUGUGCAAGAAAUGAGUGCAAAAGUCUAUUAGACCUUGCCUUGUUUGUAUCUGUGUUAGUACAUCCCCCUUCAUCUUCCAUUUCAAUCGAAACAUACUACACCUCCGUGUACGUGAGAACUACUUUUUACCAUCCCAAUCGCAACUUCCUUUCUGAAAGGGAAACGUAUCAAAACCUACCCCUCAUCCCACCCGGCUUUGAUGCUUCACUGAAAUCCAACGUGUGAUCGCGCGCGUCCGUGUAUACUGCUCGUGUACCCCCUUUGCGCCCCAAAAUUGUAGCUAGUAGUAAUGACCUUGACGGUGUCGGAAUCGGACAGCAAUAAUCUGCGCACUAACCACCACCACCCAAGUCCCCAGCCCCAGGAUAUGACCGAAUCUCUACCAAGUUCUGAACUCUCUCUGCUAGCAAAACUGGAGGCCGCCAACAAGCUGAUCGAGAGUGACUCCAAGAGUCUAAACUCUCUGCAAAGUUCUGCCCACAGUCGGAAGAGCUCCGACACCAGUCAGAUAUCGCUCAAUUCGGGCGCGUCCUCGGUGGGCGAAGAGGACAUCUGGUCGACAUGGGCUGGCAUCGUCGCCGAUUGGGAAGCCGGCCAGAAGCGCAAAGCGCCCACGGUAAAGGAACUUGUCCGGAAGGGCAUUCCACAUCACUUCCGGGCCAUCGUGUGGCAGCUGCUGUGUGGAGCCACCGAGACCGACAAGAAACAGUACGCUGAGUACAUUAAGGCGACCAGCGCCUGCGAGAAAGUUAUACGGAGGGACAUUGCGCGCACCUAUCCGGAACAUGACUUCUUCAAGGAGAAGGACGGCCUUGGGCAGGAAGCGCUCUUCAACGUGAUGAAGGCAUACUCGCUACACGACCGAGAGGUUGGCUAUUGUCAGGGGUCCGGAUUCAUCGUGGGGUUGCUGUUGAUGCAGAUGCCCGAAGAAGACGCCUUCUCUGUGCUGGUACAAAUCAUGCAGCAGUACCGCAUGCGGGACAUGUUCAAACCAUCAAUGGCAGAGCUGGGUCUCUGCAUGUACCAGCUAGAAAAUAUCGUUCAGGAACAAAUUCCAGAAUUGCAUCUGCACUUCCAGUCCCAGAGUUUCCAAACGUCAAUGUACGCUUCCAGUUGGUUCCUCACACUGUACACGACCGCUCUAAAUCUCACCCUAAGUUGUCGGAUAAUGGAUGUGUUUCUGUCGGAGGGCAUGGAGUUCAUCUUCAAAGUCGCAAUCGCACUGUUGCUUAUAGGCAAGGACACUCUAUUAUCGCUGGAUAUGGAAGCGAUGCUGAAGUAUUUCCAAAAGGAGCUGCCCCAAAAAGUAGAACAGGAUAGCGAUGGUCUGUUCAACCUAGCAUUCCAGGUGAAAAUAAACACCAAAAAGAUGAAGAAAAUGGAGAAGGAAUAUGCUGAUCUACGAAAGAAGGAACAGGAAGAGAUGGUUGAGCUAAGGCGAUUACGUAGCGAAAAUCGAUUGUUGAAGAAACGGAAUGAGUUGCUGGAGGCGGAAAGUGCCGAACUGGCCGAUCGACUAGUGCGCGGUCAAGUGUCCCGUGCCGAAGAGGAGGAAACCAGCUACGCCAUCCAGUCGGAACUGUUGGCACUGCGGCGGGUUCACCUGGAGGUGUCACACCAGCUCGAGAACGCCAACGAGGAAGUGCGAGCACUGAGCCUGCGGCUUCAAGAGAAU